CGCUCCUUCUUCCUCUAGCUUUUUGAACGUUUAUGGUCCCGCAAAAACAGUGAAAAUCUGUGAAGUAAUCAAGUGAUUAAAAGCAAGAAAACGAAAUCUGGAAACUCCUUACAACUCUCUCAUCGGCAGCUAUUAGUUUUUACUUUUUAGUAACUUUCCUUUCUUGAAGUUAAUGAUGUUUGUAUGUAUUUAUGUUGCUCUUGGCGAGUAAUCUCAUAAUCUCUCUCUAGAAGCUUGCAUGGUUUUCUGCACUGUACUCAGAGAAAAGGAGUUCCCAUUGUGCACAUCCUCUCUGCAGAUAACUCAGAGAAGUUUUUAGUCUUUCCUUCUCAGUUUGUUAAGAGUGCAACAGAGGAACAGAGAGAGACAGAGAUGGAGGAGGAGAACUGUGACCGCAUCUCAGACUUGCCUGAUGACAUACUCGCCUGCAUCCUUUCUCGCUUGCCCACGAAGGAUUUAGUGGCAACCUCCAUCCUGUCGAAGAGGUGGAAGGACGCAUGGCUCCUCGUGCCCGGCAUUGUCUUCGUGACCUGGGGAAGGUUCAGAGUCAAAGAACAAGUUCUGCUUUCAUGGCAGACUACUCCGAUUGCCAAGGACAGUGAUCAGAGACGGGUACAAUUGCAUCGUCGAACUCCCAAGUUACCUAGCCUCAUAAACGUUGUAAGCACCAACCUGAUCUUAACCAGUUGUGAUGAGAAAGAUGGAAAGCUCCUGAAGUCACUGAAGUUGACCUACUGUGCGAUCAAGGUGAUUCAUGAGCAGAUCAACAACUUCAGAAGCCUCAAAACCUUGGAGCUCACUUGCACCACCUUCAGUUCUGAUCAGUUCCGCCGCCUGCUUUCUGGCUGUCGCUGCCUUGAGAGCUUAAAGAUGAUCAAGUGCUCUGGAUUUGAAUCCUUCGGCGCGCUGCGCGUCGAGUUGCAGACCUUAAGGUCCUUAGAGGUGGCUUGCAGUGUGCCUGUGGUCACAGAUACUAAGCAUGUUUCUUGGUCUGUUGAACAGCCUAAUGCAAUUCACUUUGGUGGCUAUGGAGGAAUUGGUUAUGGGUUAAUCAAAUUCAUGAGCGCCUUCCCUUGUCUCAAGAGGAUCACCUUAUGCAUAAACACAUACUUCAAGGUGAGAUGCCAAAUUUCCCUUACCUACACAGGCAAUGGUGGUUUCUACUCUUUGGUAGAAUUGAAUUUGUCUAUGGAUUUGAAGUUGAAGACACCGUCAGAGAUGACACUGAUUGCCUGUUUGCUGCAAAAUUCACCCAUCCUGCAGAAGCUAGUUAUGAAGACUGGUUUACCUAUUUGUGGUCAGAAGCUCAUCAGUGCAGAAGACUACUGGCAAAAUCAGAAGCGCUUUGCUUGUCAUGAACACCUCAAAGAAGUUACAAUAAAUGACUUCAGUGACAAAGUUGACAUGAGUUUCGCAAAAUUCAUGCUAUCCAACUCACAGGCACUUAGGCAGAUGAAGAUUAAGUUCUGCAAUUUGCUCAAUCAUAGAGAGAAGCUGCAGAUUAGAGAUGAACUGGCGUCUACAUGGAAAGCUUCUCCUCGUGUUGCUCUGAUAUUUGAAAAAUUGGGCCAUAAUUCUGUUGAGGCUUCUCUAGGAUGGUCUGUUGUCCGUAUUGUUUCACAUUUGCACCACAAUCCUUGAAUUACUAGAGAAUCAAAGCC